AUGAAUAGAUUUGAAGAAGCUUUGGAGUAUUAUGAUUUAGCAAUUCAGAAAAACCCAGGAAAAGCAGAGUAUUUUAAUGGCAAAGGUAUAAAUUAAUGAUAAAUAUUAUUUUUUAGCGAUUGCUUUAAUGUCAAUGAAUAGAUUUGAAGAAGCCUUGGAGAAUUAUGAUUCAGCUAUUUAAAAAAACCCAGAAAACGCAGAUUAUUAUUACGGCAAAGGUAUAAUAUUAGUUAAUUAAUUAUNGAAAACCCUUAAGAACAAUUAUCUAUAGAUUGA